UUUCUUUCUUUUUUGAAGAAAAAAAAAGAACCGACGGAGCGGCAAGAGCGGUGGGAUGCAGAACUGAACUGGACAUACUGAGGGGGAAAAUAGAGGGAACGCUGAUGCUACAAAAUAUGGAGUCUUGCCCGAUGGACAUGACCGCAGCGAUAGUGCUCUGUCUUUUGGGAUGCAAUGUGUGGAAAGCUGUAACCAAAAGCCUGCAGGAAGACAACGAUUUAAAAGAGGUGACUCUGAAGGUUCACCUGAGUGAUGCCAGUACCCACCAGCCCCUGGGCGGAGCCACCAUCGAGCUCUUCGCCAACCACACCCCUGUAACCACAGAGACCUCCGCUGCCGACGGCAACGCCUACCUGCGCUUUCCCUACCGCCUUGGAACCCUGCUGGUCGUCACAGCAACCAGACAGGGCUACGUGCCAAACUCCGCCCCCUGGAGACCCACCAGACUGCCUGUGUUUUCCUCUCUCAGUCUGGAGCUGCUACCAGAGAGAGCUGCUACUCUGAUGGUGUAUGAAGACCUUAUACAGAUUAACUCUGGAUCCCAAGGAUUGAGGGGUCAGUCCUGGGUUCAGUUCCAGCGUCGAGCCCUGAGCCUCCCUCCCAACUCGUCCUACAGCAACCUCACUGCCCUGCUCACUGUGGCCAACAACCCCAGCCACAUCCAGCACUUCCCCUACCUGCAGGGCCUGGGGGGCAACGGAACAGGAAGUGAGCGUAGGUUUGAGCUGACUCCAGUGGCGGCCAUCUCUGUCCACCUAUUGGCCAGCAAGGGGGUGGAGCUCCAGGUGAACGGACCAAUCAGCAUCUCCGUCCCUCUACCGGCCAAUAGCGGCCUGAAGGAGAACCAACACAUCCCAGCCUGGAGGUUCGACCCCAGUCUGGGGGCCUGGUUGAAGAGCAGUCUGGGCUAUGUCCAGAGGGAGGGGGACCAGCUCAGCCUAACCUACAUCGCCCCUCAGCUUGGAUACUGGGUGGCUACCAUGUCCCCACUAGAUACAGGUCCGGUGGUGACAAAGGACAUCAGUACGUACCACACAGUCUUCCUAUUGGCCAUACUGGGAGGCAUGGCUGUCAUCCUCCUCUGCCUGCUCUGUCUACUGCUGUACUACUGCAGGCGUGGUUGUGUGAAGCCUCGUCUGUCCCAUCGGAAGCUGAAUCUGUCGUCUGGUCUGGAGGGCAGUAAGAGAGAUCAGGCCACCUCCAUGUCUCACCUCAAUCUCAUCAGCAGCGAGGUUCAUUUGGAGCUGGUCUCUACGACAUCAGAACCCGACAUGACCACGCCCAUGCUCAAACCCUCCUCCUACGAUUGCCAUGACCUGGUCUCCCAUGGCAACCACAGUCGCAUGUCGCUAGGCAACCACAGCCAAAGUCGUCAUGGCUCGUCGCUAGGCAACCUGACGCCACGCAGCAGAGACUACCGUCAGUCUGUGGAGACGUUCCCGUUAAAGUCAGCCCUCUCCACCGGGACGGAUGCCGGCUACCGCCAAUCAUACACCUCCAUCUGCUCAUCUACCAAGCUCCCAGAUAGACUUUCAUCCUCAAAUCAGGUGCAGGCGUCGGCAGCUCAAUUGAGUGGUGUGGGGGAGGUAGGGACUAGUGUGUGUGAGGCUACCUCCCCCUGCUCUCCACCUGUCUCCCCUAUCAGAGGGGAGGGGUGUGAGCGCAGACCCCCAGACUACUUCCUGUCCCGAUCUGUGGACCACCUGGGCUCCCUGCCCCUCUCCCUCCCCAGGCCGGGCCAGCUGCUGUGCUGUGGCUCUGUGGACCUGCUGAGUGGAGGAGACGGUUACCCCAGGAGGAUCCGGCCCACCCUGGUGAUCCCAGCCCACUACAUGCGCCUGCCGGGGGAGCACCCGCUGUGUGGCCAGGCCCUGUUCUUACAGACUGACCAGCAGAGUGACCUGGAGACCAUCCAGGCUGAGCUCAACGCCUCACACUCCCAGCAGCCUCUGGGGCAAACACACGCCGACUAUGCCACCGCCUCAGCCAACCAGGGACUAAGAGAGGGGCAAGGGGAGUGGAGCAGCCUAUCAGAGUCCCUGUCUAUCCCGACAGCACUUGGGGAGGCAGGGAUUAUGCAAAUGAACGGCGAGGACACGCUAUUGGCCGAGAGGAAACUGAUGGAACUGAGGGGAGGGAAGCCCCUCACACACCCGCGCGCCUGGUUCGUCUCAUUGGACGGUCGGUCUAACGCCAUCAGACACUCUUACAUAGACUUGCAGCGGGCUGGGCAAGCCAAGGGGAAUCCAGGGGGAGGAGGUAGCCAUGGUAACAACAGUGGUGGUAGACAUGUCAACGGAAACGACGCAAGUCUGGACUCCGGCGUGGACCUGAACGAGCCCAGAGCGGGGCGGAGGGGGAGGGAGGUAGGAGAGAGGGAAAGAGAGAAGGACAGAGAGAGGGGGAGGACAAAGAGCGGUCCUCCUGCCAUGGCCUACACCCAGCUGGCAUAUGUGGAUGACCUGGACGGGCCGGACAGCGAGGAGGAGGGGGAGACUCCUGAGUGUAGCCCCCAGGACAGUCCUUUGGGUCCAGUGUUGCAGAACACACAGGGACAUCAAGAAGAAGAAGAGGAGGAACACAGAGAAGAGGAAGAAGAGGAGGAACACAGAGGAGAGGGGAUGAUACAGGAAGAGCCAGAGGGCGUGGUCUUUAGGACUGAGCAUGACCAGACAGCCCUACUGGCUGUUGCCCCUGACGACCACGGAGAGGAGGAGAAGAAGAGCCCCUGGCAGAAGAGGGAGGAGCGCCCCCUACUGGCAGCCUUUAACCUCAAAUAA